UGUGUUAAUUGCAGGGUAGCAGUGGAGGGACUAGUGGAGGGAGCGUUGGAUUUGUGUUGUGGGGCGUCCAGGAGGAGUCAUUUAACUCUCAGAGGAUGGCAGGGAGAGAGAAAAGACGGAGGGUUGAUCCAAAAGCGGAUGCAAUAUUGCAUAUUAAGAACAAGACAGACAAGCUGGAUAGCCUUGAAGCAUUAUACAUAAAUGCUGAAAAAGGGCGUGGAGUAUUUGCCAAAAGACCCUUCAACCAAGGUGACUUCAUCCUUGAGUAUAGAGGCGACCUUUUCUCUGACACGGAAGCACAGAGGAGGAGAGAGGUAUACACACCUACUCAACGCGUUUUCAUGUUCGACCUCGCUGGAAAGUCUCUGUGUAUUGAUGGCGCCAAAGAAGAUGGGUCCCUUGGUCGGCUCGUUAAUGACGACCACAAGAACCCAAAUAGUAGGAUGAGGCUAGUGGAGGUUGAUAAGAAGAGUCGCAUUUGCCUCUUCGCUAUCCAGCCCAUAAGUAUAGGCGAAGAAAUUUCCUAUGAUUAUGGAGGAAAUGACUGGCCAUGGCGAAAGAAGCCAGCAGAGGGUCCGCCAAGAACCUCGCCUGACAGUGCAUUCGUGGACACAGCCGCCGUUCCUAUGGAACGGCCUACGGAGUCUGCUCUCAACACUCCUCCAGCUACUGUGGGAGGCGUUUCAUCUUGCCCAGAGCCCCGUGACAAGAAAAGCGUGGACAAAAAGGCAGCAGAACAGACACAGACAAAACGGAAGACAUCAGGACAGCACCAGCAGCGGCCCAUUAAAAAGAAACAAAAGAUUAAGCCAGCAGAGGUUCCGCCAAGAACCCAGCGUGACAGUGCGGUUUUGGACAUGGUCGCCGUUCCACCUACGGAGUCUGCUCUCAACACUCCUCCAGCUACUCUGGGAGGCGUUUCAUCUUGCUCAGAGCCCCGUGACAAGAAGCCAGCAGAGGGUCCGCCAAGAACCUCGCCUGACAGUGCAUUCGUGGACACAGCCGCCGUUCCUAUGGAACGGCCUACGGAGUCUGCUCUCAACACUCCUCCAGCUACUGUGGGAGGCGUUUCAUCUUGCCCAGAGCCCCGUGACAAGAAAAGCGUGGACAAAAAGGCGGCAGAACAGACACAGACAAAACAGAAGACAUCAGGACAGCACUGGCAGCGGCCCAUUAAAAAGCAAGAUGAGUCGGCAGUGGAUUGUUCUUCAGACGAGUUGGAGUCGGAUGGCACAGUGGAUCAGUUGGGUGAUGAAUCAGAAUGGGAUUCCUCCAGCGUAGACAUGGGAGAUGAUUAUAUACCACCUAAAGGUGAAUGUGAGGACAGCACAGAUGAUUUGAAUGGAACUGAAGAAUUCUUCAAUGACAAGAUUGAUCUGAUAUCCAAACAGAAGGCCAAAGAAAAGAGGACCACUAAGAAAGGCCAUACAGUGUCAUCAGAGAGCAGGUGCAGAGCCCCAGCUUCAUGGAAAACAAGAAGCAGCAUCCCUACCACAUCAAAAAGUCCUCCUGGUACGGAAGAUGGUGAUACACCACUGUCUCCUCCAUCUGUGUCUGUUCAUGCAGUCUCCAAAAAGUCAGAUGGGAAAAGGAUAUAUAACAAAAAGCAGUUCUGCCAAUAUUGUGAAACUUCAGUAAAUAAAUAUGCAAGACAUGUGGAGCGUCGUGACAGUACUGUGGCCGAAGUUGCUAAGGCUUUAAGUUACAAGAAGGGUUCAAAGGAAAGAAAAAGUCAUUUGAAUUUUCUAAGAAGCAGUGGCAACUUUCAGCACAAUGCAUCUGUACUCAAGAGUGGACAAGGGAGCCUCAUCGCAAAGAAGCGACCCAGAACACACAGUUCGGAGAAAGAAUAUGUGCACUGUACAUACUGCCUUGGCCUUUUUGCAAGGAAACUGUUGUGGAAACAUCUUAGAAAGUGCGAUCAACGACCAUCCGAAGAAGGGGCACAGAAGACGUUUUCUAAAACUCGAGUGCUGGCCGCCUGCUCUAUUGAACAACCUUCACCUUCAGGCACACCUGAAAUGUUUAACGAUCUGACCAAGAAUAUGCGUCAAGAUGAUGUCACUGAUAUUGUCAAAACUGAUCCAGCGAUCAGGGGUUUUGGCUGCCAUUUAAUGAACAAGGUCAUGGGUAGUAGUACUGACACAGUUGGCAAUAAGAAGACUGUCACACAACAGCUGAGGAGUCUUGGUAGGAUGAUAAAGGCAGCGAGAGAUAUAACAACUAUGAAGACAAUCCAAGACCUAGUGAGCCCUGAGAAUUUCAAAGAGACCAUUAAAGUUGCACGUCACGUAGUCGGUUUUGACGAAACGACAUCAAAGUCCGAAACUCCAAGUCUUAAUGGUAAAUUGGGUACUGGAUUGAACAACAUGGCAAAGUACUUAAGAGCCGAAGCACUGCAGAAUUUGGGUCAUGCAGAAGCAGAGCGGUACCUUGCAUUUUCCACUAUUUAUGAUAGUCACUGGGGCGUGUACAUGUCAGGUCAUGGCAGGAGGGACCUCAGGGAGGCCAAAUUUAAUGCUCCCAAGCUCUUACCAUUUACAGAUGAUGUUAGACUUCUUCAUGCUCAUCUAGAUAAAGAGAUAACCCAAGGCAUCAAGGAAUUGAAAGAGGUGGUUUCAGCAGCUAACUGGAAACGGCUGUGUGAGGCUGUUUUGGCAAAUGUAAUACUGUUCAACCGCCGAAGGGAAGGUGAAGUCUCUAAGAUGGAGUUGAAGUUCUUUCAGUCAAGAAAGAAAUCAGUGCCUAUUAAAGAAGUCAAACAGCACCUCACAGCCAACGAGAUGAGUAUGUUCUCACAUUUCACUCGGAUUGAACUGCCAGGAAAGCUUAGCCAAGGUGUUCCUUUACUACUAACUCCGCAGACUGAAGAAGCACUUGAACUGCUGUGCAAUAACCGAAAGGAGUGUGCUGUUAAAAAAACCAACAUCUACUUGUUUGCACAUCCAGAAAAACACACCUAUCUCCGAGGUUCUGAUUGCAUUCGAAAAUAUUCAAAUGAAUGUGGUGCCAAAAACCCUGAAGCCCUUCGCUCGACAGAGCUGCGGAAACAAAUUGCAACAUUGUCGAGUGUACUGAAUCUCAAAGAUGCAGACCGUGAUCAAUUGGCAAGGUACCUCGGCCACAAUAAUAGGAUCCAUGAGAACUUCUACAGACUCAAGCUGGACACCCUUCAAAUUGCCAAAGUCAGCAAGCUCCUACUUGCUAUGCAGCAGGGGCGGAUUGGAGACUAUAUAGGGAUGAACCUUGACGAGAUAGACAUCUCCCCAGACGAGUCUGUACCAACACUGACGCCUGACGAGGAAGAGGUGCAAGGAGAAGACGAGAUGAGGGAAUAUGAAGACAACGAGAUCACGGGAGGAGAAGACAGCGAGAUCAGGGGAGGAGAAGACAGCGAGACAGAGGGCAUGUCAGAGACCAGACCGAGCGACACCCUGCCCCCCAAAAUCCCAGCCCAAAUGGAGGUGUCAUCCAGUGGUAUCUCUUCUUCUGUAAAAGGUCGCCGCCCAACAGUGAAGAAGCCUUGGACCAAAGAAGAAACAUCAGCUGUCGAAAGAAGCAUGAGCAAAAAAUUCAUUGAGAAGUUUGUAGUGCCUGGGAAAAAUGACUGCAUUGCUUGCAUCAAUGCAAACCUGGAAGCAUUAAAAGAGCGUGACUGGAGAGCAGUCAAAUUCCAUGUAAAGAACAAGAUCACAGCUCUCAAGAGAAAAGCCUUUAGCCAUUGACCCUGUCUGGGGGGGCUUCUGUGGUAUUUACUUUUUAUUUUUAGUCGUCUGUGGCAGACCGUUUUAGUUUCAUUUUUAUUUAUUUUAUUUAUUUUUAUUUUUGCACAGUAGCUGGAGGAGUGUUGGGAGGAGACCCAACCCAGAAGUAAUGUGCUUGUUCAGCAAAAAAAGAAACCAAACAAUAAGUAAUGUGCUUGUUCAGCAAAAAAAAGAAACCAAACAAUAAGUAAUGUGCUUGUUCAGCAAA